AUGGUCCAGGGGGCCUCGGAGCCUGAUGGCCCCGGCUGGGGCUGGGAUGGGGAGGAUGACUGGGACAGCGCUGUCCUCACCCUGCUGGCGCUGGCUGUGGUGGCUGCCACGGCACUGGCUUUGCACUGGUUUGGCUCCGGGCAGGACCAGGAGGCGGCAGGACCUGCAUCCACAACCCCCGGGGCCCAGCCUUCUCAGGCUGGAGGAGCCAGCCCAGCCCUGCCCCUGCAGCCCAAGGUCAGUGGUGGUGUCGAGGGACACAGCUCAGGGCAGGGGCAGCCAGACCCUCCAGGACGUGGCCAGGGGAGUCCAGCUGCAGCAGGGGCCCAAGAUCAGGAGCUCCGGGGAGGUGGCCUGGCUGCCACAGCGGCACCUCCGCUCAAGACACCCGGCGAGGUGGCCAGUGGAGGGGCCUUGGGACGGCAGCACGACAGUGCCACUCCGGAAGCCCUGCGAGGUAAAGGAAGGGAGCCUCUCAGGCCAGAUACUGCCUUCCUGGGUCGGAGCAAAGUAGGGGGGACAUCCGGCCCCCUCCUGAUACACUUCACCCCUCGGAGUCCUGGCAGAGAGACUGAAGGGCAAGUGGAGGCAGGAGGUGUUCGAGCCAAGGUGCCAGCUCACCAGGCCCUGGUCCACACAGCAGAACAGGACACCAGCCCCUGGCAACAAGGUGUAGGGCCACCUGGCUCGCUAGAGAGAGGUCGAAGAAGCCGGCGGUGGCAGGUGGACCAAGGCUCAGAAGAUAGACACCGCCGCCUCCCAAAGCUGGACCCCCUCCGCCUGGGCUCUGUGGUGAGUGUGUGGGAUGCCGUGGAUGCAGCCAGCAGCCUCUCCACAGGCUCCCAGAGGCCUCCUCUCCCCUUGGAGCUGCCUCCACCACGUGCCACGCAGACUGGGCCUUUGACAGAGGGCACAGUGAAGGGGCACAGGGAGAGCAGCCUCCAUCCAGCCUCAGUCCUAGCUCUGGAGAGCAGGGAGGCUGGGCCCCAGGCUCCCAGGGAGUCUCAGGGACCCGCAGCCUCCGUGGAAGGCUGGCCGUGGGAGAGGAGCUUCGUCCAGACCCCAGACUCCAUGGGCCCAUGGCCAGAGGGGUCGCAAUGCGGACAUCCACUCUUGUCUCAAGGACGGGGGACCGCAGACGCCAGCGAUGCGCCUGCCCCUGCUCCAACUCCGCCCUCCUCCCCAGCCCCUGACCCAGCCCCAGCCCCAGUUCCGACCCCUGCCCCGAGUAGUGAGUCAAGGCCUAUGUCCCAGGAGCCCAGUGUGGCUCUCUGCAAGGACAACCAGGAAGGGCAGAUCUCAUCUAGCUGGGAAAACCUCAUUUCGAUGGUUCUUAGGAGUCACCCUUUCCCCAGGCAAGAGAGACGCCAAGGGAGAGCCCCAAGGGCAGCUCCCAGGAGCCCUAGAGAUCCCAGCACCGAUGCACCCUCUGAGAACAGAGAGUCUGGUUCUCCCCCCGAAGGGGCCGCCACCAGCCUGGAGGUCAGGAAUGGCUCCGCCGUUGGAAUGGUCACAGAAGCUGGCACAGGGGGCCUGCCUGAGGCUGGGUGUCCGCAACAGCAGAGAAGCUCGGGUACCAGGGAGGCUCCUACCCCAGACCCUCCCUUAGGCCCAAGGCCAGAUGCAGUGGAUGAGAAACAUCCAGACUCCCCACUGCCUGGAGCCGCAAUGCCCGGGGCCCCAUCACGGUCCCCUGGGCAGAGGCAACCUGGCCCUGUACCCUCCCCCACCGCGAGGGGGGUCUCACAGCCUGUCCCACAGCCCCGGAAAUGCAGCAUGUGUGAAAUAGCAGAGAGCUCUGAGCGGGAGGUCAGCCAGAUGGUACCACUGAGGCAGGAGGGAGAGGCUCCAGGGGAGAGGCCCCGCCCUGCAGGCAGCGGGGCAGUCCUCACAGAAAAGCAGGAGGCCCGAAAACUCAAGGUGCUUCUGCAGAGGCCCGGGAGCCGGGGGGUGGCGGAGGGGCCUCGGAAGCCCAGCUCCCUAGCCCGGGAGCCCGCUCUGGCCGCGGCUCGACGACAGCGGCUGGACCUGGGCAGCUGCCUGGAUGUACUGGCCUUUGCCCAGCAGCACGGGCAGCCUGGCCUGGUGCAGGAGACCUAUGCGCUGAUGAGUGACAAUCUGCUGCACGUACUAGGAGACCCGGGCCUCUACCGGCAGCUGAGCGGGGCCGAGCGGGAGCGCAUCCUGAGCCUUCGGACGGGCCGGGGCCAGGCGGUGGUGGGGGUCCUUGUGCUGCCCAGCCUCUACCCGCUGAGCCGCUCGGGGCUCACAAGGGGCCCUUGUGGGGAGGAGGCCCCUACGGUGGGACCCGCACCCCUGCCUCCUCGCACGCACCUGCACGUGUUCAACCCCCAAGAAAACACAUGGCGGCCCCUGACACAGGUGCCGGAGGAGGCCCCGCUGCGGGGCUGUGGACUCUGCACCAUGCACAACUACCUGUUCCUGGCGGGGGGCAUCCGCGGCUCCGGUGCCAAGGCUGUCUGCUCCAACGAGGUCUUCUGCUACAACCCACUGACCAACAUCUGGAGCCAGGUGCGGCCCAUGCAGCAGGCCCGUGCCCAGCUCAAGCUGGUGGCCCUGGAUGGGCUUCUUUACGCCAUCGGUGGAGAGUGCCUGUACAGCAUGGAGCGCUAUGACCCGCGCACGGAUGCCUGGACCUCGCGCGCGCCCCUCCCUGCGGGCACCUUCCCUGUGGCACACGAGGCUGUGGCCUGCCGUGGGGACAUCUAUGUCACCGGGGGCCACCUCUUCUACCGCUUGCUCAGGUACAGCCCUGCGAAGGAUGCGUGGGAUGAGUGCCCCUACAGUGCCAGCCACCGGCGUCCCAGCGACAUGGUGGCAUUGGGAGGUUUCCUGUACCGCUUCGACCUGCUGCGGGGUGUGGGCGCUGCAGUGAUGCGCUACAACACUGUAACGGGCUCCUGGAGCCGGGCUGCCUCCCUGCCCCUGCCCGACCCGGCCCCCCUGCACUGCACCGCACUGGGCAACACCAUUUACUGCCUCAACCACCAGGUCACCGCCACCUUUACGGUCUCUGAGGGGACUGCCCAGUUCCAGGCCAGGGAGUUGCAGCCCUUUCCUCUGGGGAGUAAGGGGGUCCUCUGUCCAUUCAUCUUGACUCUGCCUGCCACCGACCGGCUGCAAACAGCCCUCUGA